AUGGGCCCUCUGUGCCGCAGCCUCUCUGCGYUCCUGCUGCUGCUGCUGCAGGUUUCACCAUGGCUCUGCCAGGAGCCGGAGUCCUGCCAUCCCGGCUUUAGCGCUGAGAGCUACACGUUCACUGUGCCUCGGCGGCACCUGGAGAGAGGCCGCAUCCUGGGCAGAGUGACUUUUGAAGGAUGCACGGGUCGACCAAGGUCAGCCUUCUUUUCUGAAGACUCUCGAUUCAAAGUGGGCACAGACGGUGUGAUCACAGUCAAACGGCCUGUACAGCUUCAUAGACCAGAGACGAGUUUUAUGGUCCAUGCCUGGGACUCUUCCUAUAGAAAGCUCUCUACCAAAGUCACGCUGAAGGCAGUGGAGCACCACCGUCACCGGCGCCACCACCAUCAUGAGUCUCUCCCUGGAACCCAUACAGAAGUGCUCACAUUUCCUGACUCCCACCGUGGUCUCAGAAGACAGAAGAGAGACUGGGUUAUCCCUCCCAUCAGCUGUCCAGAAAAUGAAAAAGGGCCAUUUCCUAAAGAACUGGUUCAGAUCAAAUCCAACAGGGACAAAGAGACCAAGGUUUUCUACAGUAUCACUGGCCAAGGAGCUGACUCACCCCCUGUUGGUGUGUUUAUUAUUGAAAGAGAAACAGGAAAGCUGAAAGUGACGGAGCCUCUGGAUAGAGAAAAAAUUGCCAAGUACAUCCUCUUUUCUCAUGCCGUGUCUUCAAACGGGAAUGCAGUCGAGGAACCCAUGGAGAUUGUGAUCACAGUGACAGAUCAGAAUGACAACAGGCCCGACUUCAUCCAGGAUGUCUUCCAGGGAUCUGUCAUGGAGGGAGCUCUUCCAGGAACCUCUGUGAUGCAGGUCUCAGCCACGGAUGCAGAUGACGAUGUGAACACUUACAAUGCUGCCAUUGCUUAUACCAUCCUCUCCCAAGAACCCGAGUUGCCUCACCGCAAUAUGUUCACCAUCAACCGGGAAACAGGGGUCAUCAGUGUGGUCACCACCGGGCUGGACAGAGAGAGUUUUCCCAAGUAUACUCUGGUGGUUCAAGCUGCUGAUCUCCAAGGUGAUGGCUUGAGUACCACAGCAAAAGCCAUCAUCACAGUCACUGACACCAACGAUAACCCUCCCAUCUUCCACCCAACCAUGUAUGAGGGUCAGGUGCCUGAGAAUGAAGUUAAUGCUGUCAUCACUACACUCAAAGUCACUGAUGCGGACGACCGCAACACCCCGGCGUGGGAGGCCGUGUACACCAUAUUAAAUGAUAAUGAGCAACAGUUUGUUGUCGUCACAGACCCAAUGACCAAUGAUGGCAUUCUGAAGACAGCUAAGGUUUGUAUGGUGCCUGGUAAGCCGCAUAACCUAGCAGCCAGCUGCUCUCUUGGUUUGGAUUUUGAGGCCAAGCAGCAGUACAUUCUAUAUGUGACAGUGACAAAUGUGGCCCCCUUUGAGGUGACUCUCCAAACCUCCACAGCCACCGUCACUGUGGAUGUGAUGGAUGUGAACGAAGCCCCCAUCUUUGUGCCUCCUGAAAAGAGAGUGGAGGUGCCUGAAGACUUUGGUGUGGGCCUGGAAAUCACGUCCUACACGGCCCGGGAGCCAGACACCUUCAUGCAACAGAAGAUUACAUAUCGCAUUUGGAGGGACACUGCCAACUGGCUGGAGAUUAAUCCGGAGACUGGUGCCAUUUUGACUCGGGCUGAACUGGACAGAGAGAACUUUGAGCAUGUGAAAAACAGCACGUAUACGGCCCUCAUCAUUGCCACGGACAAUGGUUCUCCGAUUGCCACUGGAACAGGAACCCUUCUCUUGAUCCUCUCCGACAUAAAUGAUAAUGCUCCCAUACCAGAAUCUCGAAAUGUCUACUUCUGCCAGAAGAAUCCACAGCCUCAGGUCAUAAACAUCAUAGACUCAGAUCUUCCCCCCAACACUUCACCCUUCACAGCAGAACUGACACAUGGGGCGAGUGUGAAUUGGACCAUUGAGUACAGUGAUCCAGCUCAAGAGUCUCUCAUUUUGAAGCCAAAGAAACCCUUAGAGUUGGGUGAAUACAAAAUCAAUCUCAAGCUCAUGGAUAAUCAGAACAAAGACCAGGUGACCACCUUGGACGUCCAUGUAUGUGACUGUGAGGGAACUGUCAACAACUGUAUAAAGCCAAAAUUUGCAGAAGCGACACUGGAAGUUCCUGCUAUUCUAGGGAUUCUUGGCGGGAUCCUUGCUUUCCUAAUCCUGCUUCUGCUGCUUCUGCUGUUUGUUCGGAGGAGAGGGGUGGUCAAAGAGCCCUUACUGCCACCAGAAGAUGACACCCGGGACAACGUUUAUUACUAUGAUGAAGAAGGAGGUGGAGAAGAAGACCAGGACUUUGACUUGAGCCAGUUGCACAGAGGCCUAGAUGCUCGGCCAGAAGUGACUCGUAAUGAUGUAGCACCAACCCUCCUGAGUGUGCCCCAGUACCGUCCCCGCCCUGCCAAUCCUGAUGAAAUUGGAAAUUUUAUUGAUGAAAACCUGAAGGCGGCUGACAGUGACCCCACAGCGCCCCCUUAUGAUUCUCUGCUGGUGUUCGACUAUGAAGGAAGCGGCUCUGAAGCUGCCAGUCUCAGCUCACUUAAUUCCUCGGAAUCGGACCAGGACCAGGACUAUGACUACCUGAACGAAUGGGGCAAUCGCUUCAAGAAACUGGCAGACAUGUACGGGGGUGGCGAGGAUGACUAGGGCACUCUGGAGAGGGUACCUUUGGCCCGAGUGAUGGGAAAUGAGGAGCCAUGUUGCUGGGGUUUUUAGCUACCUUCCCCAGAUGUGAGUUCCUGGAGAGAGACUGAUCUGAGAUGCAGUAAAGAUAGUUGUUUCCACUUUGUAGUUCUAAUCUGUGUCUGUUAGAAAGGUUUU